AAGAAAUCUUUGAGAAGCGCCUGCAACAUUGCAAGAUACGGUGCGAUGACAGAGUGCGCUUGCCGGUGAUUCAAGUGAGUUGCCUGCAAUAUUCGAAGCAAUCACCUGAAGUCUUUCGCCAUGGCGAGAGUACACGCCAAAGAAAAGGCUCAGCUUGUGUCGCGCGCAAACCAAGGACAAAGCAGCUCGCCAUUUGUGCAAACGACCAAAUCUCUCUACCUAUCCGUCUCGCCAUGCGCAGCACACUUUCCAAUUGAAGGAUUGUGCGCCGAGCAUAUAUCUCCGCUGCUCUUGACAUAUUAUCCUCCUUUCGAAGGCGUGGUUUUGUCGUAUUCGAAUCCCAGAAUUUCUGAACACCCGAACGAAAAGCAAGCAAACAACAACGACGAGGUUCGGACAGUAUUCUCGCGUAGUAUCGACGAAUAUGGUGUCACCUAUGUCUGGUUGAGCGCUGAAUUCCUCAUCUUCCAACCAAGGCGAGGCACGCUUCUCGAGGGAUAUGUCACACUGCAGAAUGAGAGCAUUCUGGGGCUACUUUGCUACAACUAUUUUAAUGCAGGCAUCCAGGCGGAGAAGCUCGCCAAGGACUGGACGUGGGAUGGCGAGGCAUUUGUAGAUGCAUCGGGGAAGAAAGUUGACGGCAAACUCACUUUCAAGGUGGAGGAUUUCGAAGCCAGUGGGACCGAGAGCAUCCAGAUCUCUGGCACUCUUUUAUACUGAGCCGUGUAUAGCUGCCCUCGACUAUGAGAUGAUACCCACGAAAGACUCUAAAUUAAUGGAAGUGUGAUUUUAUUG